CCAGCUGUCAGCCUACUAAACCCGCUGAAACCGAAUUAUGAUCAGUUGGGUCCAGUGUAUAAUGGUCCCGGAUCACUUCAUGAUCGGAAGCCGUUUACUUUAGCGACUUUGGAUUUUGAGCAGCGUGGCGCUAUCGAUCGCGCCAAAAAAUACGCAAUGGAAGAGAGCAUCAAAGCCGCACUUGCUAAACAGACGCGCCAACAACAGCUUCUUCAGACCCCCGCCAAUAAGAAGGCACAAACAUUAAAUCUCCUAAGCCGAAUAUACGUGGGAUCCAUAAGUUACGAUUUGAAGGAGGAAUCAAUCAAAGUUGCUUUCAGCCCAUUUGGUCCUAUCCGUUCAGUCACCAUGAGCUGGGAUGCUGCCACUCAAAAACACAAAGGAUUUGCGUUUAUUGAGUUUGAACAUCCAGAAGCCGCUCAUUUAGCUGUCGAACAGAUGAAUAAUGCAAGCCUCGGUGGCCGCCAACUUAAGGUCGGGAGACCUAGCAAUCUCCCACAGGCUGACCCUCUCAUUACUGAACUGGUCACGGAGUAUAAACUGGAGAAGAAAAUAUAUAUCGCUGGUGUGCACGCUGAUUUGACCGAAGAAGAUCUCAAAUUAGUAUUCGAAGCGUUUGGUAAAAUAACUUCUUGCAAGCUGCCUCCUGAUCCGCACCGUGGUUUCGGAUACAUCGAAUACGAAUCAGAGCAAUCAGCUAAUGAUGCGGUCGCAAGUAUGAAUAUGUUCGAUCUGGGUGGUCAAUUCCUGCGAGUGGGCAAAGCAAUCUCUCCGCCCGAAGACCAGUUGAACGCUCCGUCGUCUUCAAUUCCUUCAGCGGCUGCGAUGGCGGCAGCGUCAGUUUUUCUCAUGUUACCAUACCCAGGGACUCUCUCUUGGGAUCGUAUAGAAGCUCAAGAGGCCGCUGCAAAAGCUGCAGAAAUGGGCAUAGAGGAAGAUGAUGGACUGUUGGAGCAUCAGGAAAACUUCCAUAUUCGAGGUCGUGAUGCUCGAAAUGUAAUUAUGCAGAAGCUCAUCCGACCUCCACCCCGUGGUGUUAUGAUAUUAAGGAAUAUGGUUGGACCAGAGGACUGUGAUGAUGAUUUGGAGGCGGAAGUGCAGGAGGAAUGUUGCAACUAUGGCCCUGUAGAACGGGUUGUGAUAUACCAGGAGCUCGAUGAAGAAGGACAACUUAUUAUCAAGAUUUUUGUCGUUUUCACCGAGUUUGAAGCAGUGGAUCGUGCCAUUGCUUCUCUGAAUGGUCGAUACUUUGCCGGACGCCAAGUGGUUGCCGAGCGAUAUGAUACUGAAAAGUUUACAUCAAAUGAUUUAACUGGAUAA